GUAACAUUUGGCCCACAGAAUAUGCAGUCAAUUCACUUUACGGUACCGCCCUGCUUUAGAGAUGUGUGGCAGAUGUGAUAAGGUGCUUAUCCGGGACACCACCCCGCGCGAAGGGUGCGAUCGUCAAUGCUAGUGUUGGCUGCGAGAGCGCGACGUCCGAGUGAUACAGUUUUUUGGAAGUUCCCAUCAUGCCUCCGGUCUUGCCCCUGGAUCAAGCUGAGGUUUCUGUAAAGGAGAAAAACACAGGAAGGACUCAGCAAUUGCCUGCAUUGCAUCCAAGCAGGAAGGAGGAUCGUUACUUUGUCCUGUACAAGCCUCCGCCUCAAGGUGGCGACAAAGCACUGGUGGAAGAAUUUCUGGAGCGUGCUCAGUUCACUGCAGAUGAUCUGGAUUGGUUGCUUGCUCUUCCUCACGACAGAUUUUGGUGUCAGGUUAUUUUUGAUGAGACCUUGCAGAAAUUCCUGGACUCCUUCUUGCGAUACAUGCCUCGCCAAUUUGACGAAUUGGAGAAUCCAAAUCCAGCUGUGGCAGAGAUGCAGAAAAAGCUCCAUCGCACCGUCUUUAUGACAUUUCUCAGAAUGUCCACUCACAAGGAGUCCAAAGACCAUUUCAUCUCGCCUGAGGCUUUCAGAGAAAUAAUUUACGAUGGCUUCCUCUUUGAUAUCCCCAAAAUCUUUGACUUGUGUGUUCUGUACGGAAAAGGAAACGCUGCUCUCCUCCAGAAGAUGAUCGGAAACAUUUUUAAUCAGCAGCCAAAUUACUUUAGCGAUCUGAAUGAGACUGUGCCCACAAUCCUGCAGGUGUUCAGCACUAUCCGUGAGAAGUGUGGUGUACAGUCUGAAAAUCAGGUUGAACGGCCACAGAAGAUUGGCACUCAAACCAAAGCCACGCCAUUGGAUAUGCCUCUGCAGGAGUUUAAAGAUAUUUUGCUGUAUCUGUGUGAUACUUGUACUACACUGUUUGCUUUCCUGGAUAUUUUCCCUGAUGCGAGUAGGACAAUGCAAAAGCAUGACUUUCUACUCCGAUUGACUUCAUUUUAUGAGGCAGUUGUCCCUGAACUGGAGCGUACAAUUAAAAAGAGGCAAUUUGAUGAAACCAGUUUGCAGAGUGAUCUAUGGAGGAGGCUCUCACAUUCAAGGAAGAAAAUGAUAGAAAUCUUUCAUCUCAUCAUAAACUACACAUGCCUUCAACCUAUAUUAGAAAAUGGAUCUGAGAACAUUUUGGCUUUCAUAGAAGAUUUUCUUCAGAUCUUCACAGCCCUUCUGCAUGAAAAGAGAUUUCUGACAGAUUAUGAUGAACAGUUUCCAGUGGCCGAUGAUAUUAGUCUGCUACAACAGGCAUUUCCUGGGCUUGAUGAGACCAGGACUUCUUACAUCAUCAAAGCUGUUGAUAGUGCCUGGGAAGCCAUUGGCAGAAAGAAGCCCAUCUUUGCGACAGGAAACACUGGACACACAGCAUCUGCCUCUCUUGCUAUUCAACCUCCAACCGCAAACGGGGAAACGGAACAUGACCUUCAGCAGCUAGAGUAUGAAUACGAGAAUGAUGAUUAUUGUGCGGGGGCAACUGCAGCCAGAGUAACAGGAGUGGAGCUGGAAUCUCUAAUUUCUCAAGUGAAAGAUAUCUUACCAGACCUCGGGGAAGGCUUUAUUCUUUCCUGCCUGGAAGAAUAUAAUUAUGAUGCCGAAAACGUGAUCAAUAAUAUUCUUGAAGAUAAGCUGCUACCUUCUCUUCACAAACUGGACCGAACUCUUGAAAGACACCUGCCUUGUGGAGUGCACAAAGAGGACAAUCCGCUAAUUUGUAUAGGGGAAGUGACCGAGGACAAACAUUCAGUCCUCUCAACAAGACUCGGUGUUUUCGACAAUGAUGAAUUUGAUAUCUUCAGCAGAAAUACCUUAGACAUGUCCAAAGUCUCUAGAGGCAAGAAAAAAGAAGAGGGGAAAAAGCUGCUGGAUGAUAAGUCGCACAUUGAGGAGCAGAAGGAGAGAUACAAGGCCUACAGUAUUGUGGUGGAGGAAGUGCUCGUAGAACAAGAUGGUGCCCACUUUUAUGGGGACAAUUACGAUGACGAAUAUGACGACACAUACGACGUUAAUCAAGUCGGAGCGAAUGACAUUGAUUCAGAUGAUGAAUUGAUCAGCAGAAGGCCAUUCACCGUCCCACUCGUUCUAAGAAAGUAUGAACAAGAGGAAGAGGACGAUGAUGUAGAAGAGGCACCGCCAAAGGAGGAAGGCCCAAAGAGAGAUCUAUUUAUACAGGACCCCGCAGUGCUGAGGGAAAGGGCAGAGGCGAGACGGGCCACACAACACGCCAGAAAAGGGUUCAAGCACGACAGCUCUUUGGUUGCGGGCAGUGCCAAGGGCCAGGGUCAGUCCAAAGACACACUGAGCGAGAGGAGAAAGAAGGAAGCCAACAAAUCGUAUCGAGGCAACCACAAUCGGCGAUCACUGGCAGACAGAAAACGGAAUAAAGGAAUGAUUCCAUCUUAAUUUAUUUUAUUCUUAGCCCCCUCCCUCAAUUUAUUUUUUUAUUUUACCCGCUUCCCUCAGCCCUCUCCAAUCUUUAAUUCACCAUCGUCUGUCAGCUUACAGGCCCAUACUCUUCACGAGAGAAGGCAUAUUGUUGCUGGGUUUUGACCUGCCCAGCUGCAGUUGCUCAAGGGACAGGAUUGGUUCCUUGUAAUCUCCAUUUUGUGAACUGCCAACGUUCACAAAUUUGCCUGGUCAAUCGUGUUUGAGUGACAGUC